GGAGGACACCGUGACCGCAUGUGUUUGUGUAACGUGUUAGGAAAUUCAUUCAGUGCCUUAUAACGCAGUGCCAGAUCUGCGUCCAUGGCGGGACAUCUGAAGAAGCAGUUAAAAGAUGCUGUGAAGGUCAUCAGCUCAGGUAGUCUUCUCUUUGCCUCCUACCUCACUGUGGUUGGAGAUGAGCGUUUCUAUGCCAACCAGCUGAUGCCCCUGCUGCAGAGGUUUGUGGGGGCAGAGACAGCACAUGUCUUGGCAGUGAAAAUGAUAGGUCUGGGUCUGGUUCCUCUGAACCGCUACCAGGACCCCACCUCACUGGAAGUGAACGUCCUGGGAUUAAAGUUCAAAAACCCCAUUGGCAUUGCAGCAGGCUUCGACAAGCACGGAGAGGCUGUAGACGGCUUAUACAAAGUGGGUUUUGGCUUUGUUGAAGUGGGGACAAUCACUCCCAAACCUCAGGAGGGGAACCCCAAACCACGUGUGUUUCGACUCACUUCAGAUCAUGCCAUUAUUAACAGAUACGGAUUCAACAGCUGUGGUUUGGCAGAAGCACAGCAGAGGCUGAAGGCCAGGGAAGAAACACAGCAAGAGCAAAGUAAAGCUGGCUUUCCCCUGGGCAUCAACCUGGGGAAGAACAAGCUGUCCCAGGAUGCAGGGGCAGAUUACUUGGAGGGGGUGAGAGUGCUGGGCCCUCUGGCUGACUACCUGGUGGUCAACGUCAGCAGUCCUAAUACGCCGGGUCUCCGGAAUCUGCAGGGGAAGGCUGAGCUCCACCAGCUCCUACAUUUGGUGUUGAAGGAGCGUGAUGCCCUGCAGGGAGAACACAAACCUCCGGUCCUGGUGAAGAUUGCUCCUGACCUCACUGGGCAGGACAAACAAGACAUUGCUGAUGUUGUCACUGAGCUGGGAGUGGAUGGUUUAAUGGUGUCUAACACUACAGUGUCCAGGCCAGAGAUGCUUCAGGACCCCCAUAAGUCUGAGGUUGGUGGGCUAAGUGGCCAGCCUCUCAAAGACCUCUCUACUAGCACUGUCAGAGAAAUGUACAACCUCACCAAAGGUAAAGUUCCAAUUGUGGGAAUUGGCGGUGUGGCCAGCGGGCAGGAUGCUAUGGAUAAGAUCCGUGCUGGUGCUUCAUUGGUUCAGCUCUACACUGCUUUGGCCUAUCAGGGUCCACCUGUGGUGACAAAGAUAAAGCGAGAAUUGGAACAGCUUCUCAAAGAUCAGGGUUUCAGCAGCGUAUCUGAGGCAGUUGGAGCAGACCACAGGGGAGAAAACUGGUCGAUUCAUAAGCAGAGCCUGCUGAAAGAGAUGGUAAAUGUUAACACAGACACCCGGGGCUUAGCAGCACCUGUAGCUGCCAUCUCCUCCAACUAGGCAACAUGAUCCUCAGCUUUUCCUGAAAUGAGAUGAAUGCUGAGCAUUUGUGAUGGUCCACCUGUACAUCUUGAUACACACGGUGGAAGACACAGUUAGGUCUGAACUGGUUUUUGUUAAAGCCAUAUUUUCAGUAUUGGUGGUGAGGAGUACAAACAGCAAAUGCACCAAAUCUCAGCUUUGGAAAAUAAUCAUGUGAAUAAUGGUCUUUGAUGGUGCACCUGCACUGCAGAGAGUUUGGGUUCGGUUUGUAACUUUAUUUCAGACGUUAGACCUUUUGUUACAGUGUAACAGCAGCUAGUAUUUCUUAAGUGCAUACUGAAACCACAGUGCUUGAAUUUUUCAAACACUUGCUCCCUAAACUCAUUUCUACAAGUGGAUACAAGCGAUUUUCUUGUGUGUACAAUAACUAAUAUGACACAAUGUUAUAUAGAUAAAAUAUCAAAACUUGUACAUUUUAGGAACUCUCUAAUACAGAAGUAUAACCACACAUUCAAAUGUUGACAUGUUAUUAUUUGCUGUCAAUCAAAAUAUAGUUAUUUUUACUCAUAAAUGAAUGACAGAAAAGAACAAAAAUGUCAUGAAGACGGAUAAAAAGUGGCACUGCACAAAAACCCUGCCAAACUCAAUAACAAAUCAAAUGUUGGGUUUAAGUUAUGUGCAUAUAUAAUUAUGUGCUGUGAUAGAUGGCGUUUGUCUGGGCCUGCAAGCUCUCUGUUUCAAAGUAUUGCGCGUUAGAGCUAAUUAAAGCUCCAACAGGAAAGAGAUGUCCAGCUGCCAAGAUAUUUGUUGUUGUUGUUUGAAUCAGACAUACUUUUGAAGCGCAACUGAUAAUAAAUGAAAUCAAUUAUGGUGCUUUUUUUUAUUUAGGAUUCUUGGUAGUCUGAGUCCUAAUAUAACCAUAUGAUAACACCUUUCACAUUUAUGAUAUUAAAUGAUUAAUUAUUAAAUUAUUAAAUGUUUUGAGAGUCA